AUGACCUCGCUCAGGACCGGGCCAUCUACGCGGGGCCUGGCCAGAUUUUACAUUGUAGCUGUCUGCAUUCUGAUUGCCUUUCUGGGCUACUUUUCGCAGUAUCUCCUCAACGCCGACCCGGACUUGUCGCCUCUAAGCCGCCACGAAACCCUCACCUUCAACGCGCUCCUCGCCUGCGUCUGGUGCACCUAUUACUAUGCGUGUACCGUGAAUCCAGGCCGCUACAUCUUCCCUCCCACCGCCACUACCUCCUCUUCCGACCACGCCGACCCGGAUCUCCGCGCAGCUUCCGCCUCCGCCUCCGUCUCUCCUACUAACCGCCGCCGCCGCUGGUGCAAGAAAUGCAACGCACCAAAACCCCCGCGGGCGCACCACUGCCGGCACUGCGGGCGGUGCAUCCCCAAAAUGGAUCACCACUGCCCGUGGACGGGCACGUGCGUGUCGAUGCAGACCUUCCCCUACUUCCUGCGCUUCAUCGUCUACGCGAACCUGGCCCUGUGGUACCUGGCGGGGCUGCUGGCGCGGCGCGUCGCCGCCGUCUGGGCCGACCGCCACCUCCCCGCCUACCUGGGCCCGUCAGUUUCGGGUCUCGUCGGGCUGACGGUGCUGGUCUUGCUCAACGCGGCCACGGCGUUCGCAUUGGGUGUCAUGCUCUACACGUCGGUCAAGGCUUGGGUGUUUAAUAGGACGCUGAUUGAGGAGUGGGAGAUGGAGAGGCAUGAGGCGGUCCUGGCGAGGGAUGAUGAUGGUGGCCGGGGGAGGAAGGCGAAGGGAAAUUUCUGGGGGGAUGACGACGUUGCGCUGAGGGAGCUGAUGGAAAGGAUCGAGUUCCCCUAUGACUUGGGCGUAUUUGCGAAUAUGGCGCAGGCCAUGGGCACGAGGAACCCGCUGCGGUGGUUCCUGCCUGUCUUUGGAGGAGGUCCGGUCAUCAACAACGAUACCCCCGGCAAGGGCUCCGGAUGGGAGUGGGAAGAGAACGGGUUCAAUGAUUUGCCGGGGCUCUGGCCGCCUCCGGACCCCGAAAAGGCGCGGCGGGAGCGGCAGGGCGGCUGGCCCGGCGCAGCUGCUCAGCAGCUUGAAAAGAGAUUCGACGAUUAUCGGACCGCCGAAGAGGUCAAGGCGGCUUUUGCACGACGGCAAGCCGAGGACUUUCGAAGGAGACAGAUGGCCCAAGCCCAGACUCGACAGGAAUCCAAGAUCAUUGCCGAGCUCGAAGAAGUGGACGAGCUCAACACCGGAGCUCCUAGCAAUCGUGGGGAAGACUACGAAUGGGUUGGCAAACCAUCAUGGACUAACUCGGAGGGCGACCGUCUCUGGGACUACGGCGUGGACGAGGAUGUCGAUGUCGAGGAGAAUUUUGUGAAUCCACCGGCGGGCAAAGAUGACGAUGAUGUGCCCCUGGCGGAACUCAUCAGGAGAAGGAAAGUCUUGACUAGGGAAGAGGAUGGCUGA